CUCGGCGGGGACGUUUGGAGCGAGAGGGGCGCAAAGAGAGCUGCUUCGCGCCGAGGAGCGCGAUGGGGCUGCUUCAGUGGCGCCUCUGGCUGGUAGGAGCAACUACUUUCCUGCUGGGAAACGCUUCUGGCACUGCUUCCCGUUCACAUUCUCUGCUCCACUUCCGCCAUGCUGUGCUCUUUGAGGGGCGGCCCCAAUUCGUUGAGGUGACCUACUUGGAUAGCCAGCCUAUUCAACGUUAUGACAGCAGCACAAAAAUAAUGAGGCCUUUAACACCGUGGAUGAACCAAACACUGAAUGAAGAUUAUUGGUUGUGGGAGUCUAUUAUGGGUAAUUUGCUGAAGGACAAUUUCCUAGGAGAAUUCCAAAACUCUGCUGUUCCACAGAAACAUCACAAUCAGAGCACGGAUUACUCGGAGGAGUCAUCUACGGAUUACCCGGACGAAGAUAGCCUAGCAGAAUUCCAAAACUCUGCUGUUCCACCGAAACAUCACAGUCAGAUCACGGAUCACACCUUGCAGUGCAUCCAGGGCUGUGAGCUCACAGCUGAUGGAAAGGAAAUAGAAAUUCAUCGGGAUGCUGUUGAUGGAAAAGAGAUGAAGGGAGAUGAAAUUCACAUAAGAUAUUACAUGGUUGGAAACUGCAUUCUGUGGCUGAAGAGGUACCUGAACAUGAAGCCACAAAGGAAAGAGCUUCCAAUAGUGAAAGUGACUCAUCAGGAGGUCAGCAUCAACAACCUUCAAGCCCUCACCUGCCAGGCCUAUGGCUUCUAUCCCAGCGAGAUCAGUGUCAGUUGGAGGAAGGAUGGGGAAAUCUUCAACCAAACCAACAGUGCUGCACACAUUGCCCCAAAUUCAGAUGGGACCUUUUACGCCAGGCUGAGUAUUCAGAUCAAUCCCAACAAGAGGAAACUCUACAGAUGCCAUGUGGAACAUGUCAGCUCCAGCGAGCCCCUGGAUUUUGUCUUGCAGGAAACAGGCCCUUCAGCUAAAGUAACUACUCACGUGCUGAAUGUUAAUGAUACCCGCUUGAACUGCUCUGUCUGCAACUUUUAUCCUGAAGACAUAGAAGCCACCUGGAAGAAGGAUGGAGAGUUUCGGGAUCACGAGAAUUAUCGUGGGGAUACCAUCCGCAAUUGGGACGGGACCUACUGCACCUGGAUCAGUAUUGAAAUUAACCCCAUGGAGGAGGACCGCUACUGUUGCUAUGUUGGACAUGAUGGCUUGCAGGAACCACUCUGUGUAAAAGCUUUAAAAUUAGAAAUCCCAAAUGAGGAAAAUCUAAUAUUCAUCCUUUACUAUACCAUGCCAGUCCUUGGCAUCCUGAUCCUUGGAAUCAUUGGAAUUUUGUACUACAAGAAGUGUCGACGACGUGACUACAGACCAGCCGCAAAGAGUGACCCCAAUUCCAGCAUGGAUAAUGCUGAAAAAUCCCCACUAAAAGAGACAGAAGGAAUCCCACCUCUCAACAACACUGCUGGUGAAGAAAGCAAGGGAGACAGUCCACCUUCUCAGGGCAUCGGAGAGAAAAAACAGCAUUUUGAGAACCAUCAGCUAAGCGUCUAACUCUCAGAAUGGAAAAGAAUUGGAUCAAAUUUGGUGUGGUUUGAGAAACUCUCGAACGGAAGGUCGAGUACUAAAACGGACUCAAACUGGCACAAGAAAAAAAGGAUUUCAGAAGAAAUUCCUCCAAGGGACAAAGCUUUUAUUUCAGGAUCUGUGAGACUGGGCUGUCCUGCUGUAUAAGGCAGAUUCCUAAAGAAUCAUGCAUUUAUUUUCACAUGGAGCUUCAAGGACUAGGUGAAAGAUACUUAUGGUAACUUUAAAUCUUCCAACUGAAGAUAGGAUAGUGAAAUUUGAUUUGGUAACUGAUACUGAUGAACUACAAAGCCUAAGACAAACAGGGAGAAUUACAAUCAUGGCCCAUUACCGGUAGGAAGUUCCAUUUUCGUAAGCGGCAUCCCCUCCCCC